AUGGCUGCUGCCACAGAGCAACCCAAGCCUGUGCCCGCCCAGGCGCCCCAGCCCGCACCGUCACCAGCAAAGCCCGCCAGCGACGACGCGCCCACCUCGACCGCCGCCGCAGAACAGUCGCCCGCAACCGGCAAGGAGGGCACAGAGAGCAAGGCAAAGGACGACGACGCACUCGACCUCGACGUGGGACCCGAAACUGGCAGCGUCGUCGACAUGGACGUCUUUGGACAGCUCCUCGAGAUUGACGACGACGACACGCACGAGUUCAGCAAGACACUCGCGUUCGACUACAUCAACCAGGCAGAGGCGACCUUUGUCGAGAUCGAGGAGGCCCUCUCCAAGAAAGACCUCGACGCCCUCUCGCGCAAAGGCCACUUCCUCAAAGGCUCGUCCGCCGCGCUCGGCCUCCAACGCGUCCAGCACUUGUGCGAAGCACUGCAACAUUUUGGCAAGCGCCGUGAUGCGCGCGGCGAGGGGCCCGAGGUGAGUGAGGAAGAGGCGCUGGCGAGGUGUAGGGCGUUGUUGGGGCGGCUGAAGAAGAAUCAGAAGGAGGCCAAGGAUUGGUUGGAGGGCUUUUACAAGGAGAAGGCCUGA